AUGAAUUGCCGUCUCUCAAGUCCCUCUAAAUUCUAAUCCAACCGAGAGAGAUCCAGUCAUCCAGAGAGAGAAAUAUCUAGAGAGAUCUAGAGAGAGCGAGCUCGCUCCCUGGAGCACGACAAUGGCGGGGUCGUCGAAGGAGAUGGAGAAAGUGCUGCUGAGGACGGCGGACGGGGGCUCGUUCGUUGUGUCGAGGUGUGUGGCCGCGGCGAUGGUGGCGAUCAGCUGCGAGGUCGAGGCUGGGGAGGGGGAGAGGGAAGGGGGGAUCCUCGUCCCCAACGUGACCCGCCCCGUCCUCGCCAAGAUCCUCCGAUUCCUCCACAUCCAUGUCGAGAUGGCGCCCAGCCUCUACCCCAUCACCCUCGAGAGGUUCGACAAGGAGUUCCUCAACGUUAGCGUGGACUUCCUCUACCACAUCCUCCUGGCUGCAUACCAUCUCAAGAUUGUGAGCCUCCGGGACCUCGUCUGCCAAAAAGUGGCUGAUAUGAUGAAGGGAAAGAGCAUCGACGAAAUCCGGACCACCUUCAAUAUCCCGAACGAGUAUACCGCUGAGGAGAUGGCAAAAAUCACGAAGAAGUACCCGUGGAUUUUUGACCAACAGCUUGACGAUGAGAAAGGGAUAAGUGUGGAGAAGGACAAAAACAUCGAGAAUGAGGGGACGAGUAAGGGGAAGCACAAACGCACCGCUGAUGAGCUUGGGAGUGUAGAGAAGGACAACCACAUUGAGAAUAAGAAGGGGACAAAUAGGGAGGAGGAGAUCCACGUCGAGAGUAAGGAGGGGGCGAGUACAGGGAAGGACAAACAGAUUGAGGACAAGGAGGAGCGAGAGGGAGCACGGAGAAGGAGACAUUCAGAAUAAGGAGGGGGUGAGUCUGGAGAAAGACAAACCCAUUGAGAACAAGGAGAAUGGAGGAAGUUUGCAGGGGAUAAAGGAAUGAACAAGGGAAGCAAUGUAACGCAAGGUGAUGCAUCAAAGCAUUUCAGAGUCGUUUUAUUGGCCUUCAUGUACCUGUGAAUAGGGUCAGUAGCUAACACCGUAAGAGGAUUAUUACACAGCGAACUUACUCAAGAUGCCGGGCUUGUAGAGAUCUAACAACACAUCAUUCAAUUUGGAGCACUGAAAUGAUUUCCACUUGCUUGGUUUUUUUCCACAAUUUUCAUGAAAAAAGUUUGAAAAAUAGCAAAUUUGUGUC